AUGGCAGACAAGACAACAAAACAAGCCCAACAGAAGUUUUCAAACCUGAGGAAACGUUUGGACCAACUUGGGUACAGGCAAACACUAGGAUUAGAAUCACUUCCAUUGGCUGAAAAGUUGUUUUCAGACCUCGUGCACACAACUGAGAGUCUAAAACAUGCAAAACUUGAAUUAGGAAAACAGGAUACUGAACACAAAGACUUUGAUACUGCAGUUGAACCAUAUAAAAGUGAUAAUGCCAAACUUGUGAAGGAAAACAAUGACCUACAUCAACAAUUGAUCAAACACAAGGAAGACUCUGAUGCAGUAAUAAGAGAACUGAAGGCCUCACUACGCAAACUAGAACAUGAGAAUGCUGACCUCAAGUUUCUCAGCAAUCAAUAUGUUCAUAAGGUUAGACAGCUGGAGAAAGAAUCAAAGGCCAAGUCGGAGCGUAUCCUUCAUCUACAGGAGAAAAACUUCCAUGCUGUUGUACAAACACCAGGUGGUAAGAAGAAGAGCAUUCCCUUUAGGAGACAACGCAUGGAGAUUGACACUGCUGUGCCCGAGUUUGAGGGCCCAAGUAAGCCCUUUGUGCUGCCCACUGAUGAUCCUUAUGUGGCUGACCUCCUCCAGGUAGCAGAUACGCGGAUAUCAGAACUUGAGCAGCAACUCUCUGUCUUUAAAGAUGAGAAGGAUGUGAUAGAUAGAAAACUAAAGAACUUCAGACAGCAGGUUGAAGGUCGUGAUGACGAGAUAGAACGCCUUACCAAAAUGUUAGACGGAGGAAGACCCUCAGACGUGGUGGCCCUGGAGGCCAGAAACCGCGCCAAUGAGAGGAUGAUAUCGCACCUCAACAUCCAGAUUGACUUCCUUCAGCAGAAGACUAGAGAAUUUGAGAGGAAGUUGCAUGACUCCAACAGCGAGCGUGAUGACUGCGAGUCUCAACUUUCUAAACUCCAACUCAAGAAUCGGGAGUUGGAAUCUCGUAACAGAGAGCUGGAGUAUGACCUGAAGGACGUUGACUUGAUGGCUAAACGUCUCCAAGUAGACAAAGAGGAUGUUGUCAAAACAGCCGACCGUGAAAUGGGCGAGGCAAAGGACGAACUAGAAAAGUCAAGACAUGAAUUAGAGGACCUGGACUUAAACUUAGCUCAAUUUAAGGCUGAGAACCAGCGACUUGUCAAGGACUUGAAUGAAUCACAAGCACAACUUUCCAUUAAAAAAGGUGACUUGUUGCGCCUGGAAGAAUUGCUCGAUCGUGUCUCUGAAGACAAGAAGAGGCUGAGCCAUCGUGUUAACAAACUUAUGUCAAAUGAGAAAGAAUUAGUUCUUGAAAUUGAGAAACUCAAGAGAAAGAAUGGUCCUGGUGUUGGAGGCAAGAAGACUAAGACACCAAGCAAACUGGAUGCAUUUAUCCGCAGCCUGGAGGAAGAAAGGAACUACUAUCGUGAUCAGUCAGAUGCCCUCCAAAAAAUGUUACGUGGUGAAAUUCCUUCACGAGCACGUAGUCCAUCCCAUUCUCGUUCUUCUUCACGUGCUGCCAGUCCUGUCAGAGAGGUUACCUCAUCCAAGUCCGACAAAAAGACGGUAGCUCAGUAUGAGACGAUUUUGCGGGUUCUUGAGGAGGAAAAGGACUAUUACAAGAAAGAAUAUGAGGUACUGAAGGCACUCAAAAAGUCCUCUUCCUCAGCCAGAGCCACACCCACAAAGGGAGUGUCAGAUGACCCUGAGGUUUCCAAGUUGGUGAGGGAGCGAGAUGAGAUGAGGGCGUUGUUAGAUAAAUUUGAACGCCACAUGGCAGAGAUCCAGGCCAAUGUGAAGGUACUGACUGCUGAACGAGACAAGCUCAACACUAUGUAUGAAGAGUCUAAAGAUGAGCUUCAUAGGGUGAGGAGGGAAAUGGUGCGUUCACCAAAAUCUCCAAAAACAUCUCUAGCAGCACAGGCAGUGCUACGUCGUGUGGAAUGUGAGCGUGACGAUGCUCUCUCUGACCUCCGACGCAUGACAACAGAAAGAGACAGUCUGAGAGAGAGGUUAAAGAUUGCCACUGAGACAUCCCUGUCUGAUAGGGCCAAGCUGGAACAAAGGAUUGAGGAUCUGGAGUCCACCAUCUCCACAGUGGAUGUUGAGAAGAGAGAGUUUGUGCUCCGAAUUUCCACCCUGAAGGAGGACCUUAGAAGCUACGAGGAACAGGUGCGAGAUCAGGCCAUUCGACUAACCCAGGUUCAGGAUGAGGCUUCUCAGGCACGUUCGACUGCAGCACAGAUGAAGAUGUUGGCAGAGGAGACUGAAAAAUCACUGGAGGAGACACAAAAACGCCUCAACAACAAUGAAAAGAACCUCCACACACAGGAGCAGCAUAAUGCUGAAAUGGAUAAUCGUAAUGCAGAUUUGUCGCGGACCAACCAGCUGUCACGUGAGGAGAUAGCCCAACUCAGAACCACCAUCAGUGCACUGGACCGUGAAAAGGACUCACUGCAGCUUGCCGUUGAUGACAAGACAGAACGAAUGGCCAGAUUGACUGAUGACCUCUUACACAAGGAAAAGGUGGUUGGUGAUCUGAAGAUUCGAGUUAGUGAGCUGGAGGCUCAGAGAGAACAUUCCAACGAGACCCACAAUAUGAAGGACCGAGAGUUGAAGAGCAUGCGUCGACAGUUAGACUCUACAGGCGAGGAUUUGAGCGAGACAAGUCGCAGCAAGGACAUUGCACUUAGGGAAAAUAGGCGCCUUCAGGAUGAUCUUGCUAUAAUGACAAGAGAAAACCAGAAAUUAAACCAGGAAUUACAGGACGCCCUAGAUGAGAAGGAAACACUGAAGGGCCAAGCUCAAGAUUAUAUGCUGGAGGUGAAGCGCACAGAGGAACACCUGUCCAAAAAGGAACAAGAGCGGUCCGACCUGCUUGACCAGUACAGGGCCCUCUCUGUUGAGGCAGAGCAGUACCAGACAUCAACUCACCAACUGGAGAGUGAGGGCUCUAACCUUCGCCUGGAGAUCAUGACGAAGGACUCUGAGCUUCGACGCGUCAGGGACAGGCUAGAUAAUUUAGAACGUGAAGUUCAGGAGCAUUUGAAUGCCCAGCAGGCUUAUGAGCUUCAAAUUUCCAGUCUAACAAGGUCAGUAGCAAACCUGGAGGAAAAUCUUCGUCAGGCAGAAGAAGACAAACAGAACUUACUGGUGGAUCUGGCAGCCGUAAGGGAACUGUGUGCCAAACUGGAGUCAACCAAAGAUUCACUUCAACGUCAACUCACGUCGGCCAGUCUGGAUAAAGAGCAGCUGCAGACGAUAAUGGAGGAUAUGCGUCAGGAGACGGAGCUGCUGAAGAGCCAGAUGACAUCGGAGCGGACGUCGGUGAAGAGUUUAGAGGGAAUACUUCAGUCUAACCGAGAGAAAGAGUUCCAGUCACAACUGUCAGCUCAGGAGAAAUGUGCCGAGAUACAGAUGCUAAAGGAUCGACUCUCUCUCAAUGAGAGCAAGAUCCAAAGUUCAGGUCGUGAAAUUGCCAGUCUACGAACCAGAAAUGUUGAGCUAGAAGGAGAUGUGGAGCGCCUUCGGAGGUCACUUACAAGUGAAAAGUUUGAGCGGGAGAGAGCCAUUCAGGAACUGAGGAGACAUGGCCUGACACCCCCAAUACCUACAAUGGAAUACUCUUCAUCUUAUUCUUAUACAAAAACCACAACCCAUAAUAGUCUGACAACUUCAAGGUCAAGGUCAAGGUCAAGAUCUCCUAGCCCUAGAAGGAGCCUGAGUCCAGACAUGUACCGCAGUUCUUCAGGAAGGCGUAACCUCACACCAGAGCGUCCCAGCUAUCUAGAAGAUCCACUGGAUACUUCAGUUAAAAGUAUUGGUCAGGACUAUUCCUGAUCCUAAGAAGACACGUAGUUCCUCAAGGAUGCUGUGAUGUCUUCAACACUUAGAAAUAUCAAUACCUUCGAAGAGAAAAUUAGCUGUAUUAUUAAUCAUAAUAGACACAAAUAUUGUAAAAUGCAAAGUAAUUUCAAAAGAUUUUCUCGCUCACUUUAUAAGAUAUUUUGUAUAAGAAAAUGAAUGGCGAGGUUGUAGUGUAGUUGUACGUCAAUCUUUUAUUGAAAGGCAAGUUUGGGUACGGUAAUUGGGCAUUGUUGGUUAGUUGUCGUUACACCCAGGGAGAAAGAAAUUCAUUUUGUGCAAACUUCAACCCAGUUAAAUGAGUAAUGUUGUGGUAUGUUCUGUAGUGGGAUUGGUUUUAUCUAAAGAUGAUUCAAUAUGUAGGUCUAUUUCAUAUUAAAUCCCUAUCUUUACAUCUCAAAAUUUGUAUAACAUACUCAUAAAAGUGCAGCAAAAACUAUAGCAAAGCGAUAUAUAUAUAUACAUUCCAGUCAGUGCAACAUGGAUUUUGAUUUGCCUUCUAGAGUAGACAUUAUCAAUUGUCAUUCAUUGUAAUUAACUUAUGAAAAUUAAAUAUUACAACUGAUACUAUGCUAAUUGUUAGCAAUCUCAUGCAUAUUCAAAAUCCACUGCCGAAAGAUCAACACAACCAAAUGAGAUCCAUUUUCCAUAUCUGUGAUAUUGAGACCUGAUCUUAGUCAUACAAGUGCUUGUAAAUGGCAUGCUAGCCAUGGAAUGAUGAAAAUCUGGAGUAUAUAAAUGUUUUGUGUGAAGUUGUAUGUAAGACUCCUGGUGGAGGGGAACAAUUAUAGUAAAUGUUACAUGUUGGUUUCUGUACCUCAACAAUAUCCUGAUACGAUGGUGUUAGGUCAUGUUUAAUAGCGUCACAUUCGGAGUUCAUAAGUUGUGUGUAGCAAAAGUCUACCGAAGAUGUGGCUGUCUCCGAAACACAACACACAAUGAUCUAUACAUUGGACUGCAUCAUUGGGGUGCGUGUGUUAGGGGAGAACACGGCAUGUGAGUUUAACUGAAAUGAGAGUAUCAUUCAUAAAAUCUUGCAGUGGACUUGCCCUUUUGUCAACAUAAGCUCAACCAAAGUAUAUGAAGGAGUUUGAAGAGCUGGUGAUUUAGUUUGUCAAUAUUAUUGAUCUGACCAGGUGAUACACUCAUCAGAACUGUGAGUUAUCUCCCCAUGUUUACGGUAUCUUCCAGCCACCAGCAUUAUAUAUAAUAUAAGCAACUGUGAUAGAUCUGGGUGUAAGUAACUUGUUGGGUUUUUUUUCCUUUAAAUUUGUUUGAUUACUAAAAUGAAAUCUAGGUAUAAACAUUUUGCAUCAUUCCUGUUCAGGUCACAUGCUACCUUAAACACUCUACCUGAGACGGGCUUUACUUGUCUCACGAUUGAAUAUUUUUAUUUAGCAUGAUGUAAUAAAUCAGCAUUAUGUAAUUAGCCCAGAAUUGCUGGAGUGUUGUAAAUUGACUUAAUACAGACUAAUUAAAUAUUGCAUAUUUAGAAAGAAUUUGAAUAAGGGAGCAUGUCUCCAACAGAUCGCAACAAUAUUUUCGGUUGAAUUAUGUUUUUUCAGCAACUUGAAUUACCUCAUUAUUAAAUACAAAUAUAAUUUAAUACUGUUUUUGUUUGAUGUACUCAAAACUCCUUGCUUUGGUUUGCAGUUUGUUUACAUGUAAUA